GCGAUAACAGAAGAUAGCGUUUGUUUUUCGUCUUCGACGUGUCCGUAAACGUUUGGCUGAUCGUCGGGGCUCCGGACAUGUAUGUGCCCUCUAGCUGGCUCUACUACCCUGACUACAAUGGCCCUUAAGGAGGCUUGUGGCAGACUGAGAGGCUGAACCCUCUCCACCAUGGGCAGUGUUGGCAGUGGGGUGGCCGGCGAGCAAGAGUUCGCAAUGAAGAGCGUGGGCACACGUACCACCCUCCCUCGUGGACCACCCCUGUCCCGCCGAGGCCAAUCAGAGCGCAGCUUCAGUGCUGAGCGUCUCCCACCUCCACCCUCAGUCUCAGAGGGCACGUGCUCCAGCGAUGAUAGGGGAGGCAGCAGCACCACCACAGAUCGUCCACAGCUCGCCGGCUGUGAGUCCACCACCGCCUCCUCCAACCUGGAGAGGGUUCCUUCCAUCGUCGAGCGGCUAGAAGGCAAUUUGGUGAGCCGCAGGGUGGCACCGAGGGUACUGGUGGUUACAGGUGUGGAUACUCGUGGGAACAUGAUCAUGCACACUGGAGAGAAGAGCAGUAAAGGCAUGACGGUGAAGUUCAAAGAGGGCAAUGUUACAAAGGCAAACGGUCGUACGCCACCCAAGAUUUUGCCCAUGUCUGGUAAAGCAGAACAGUCUCAGAACAAUUCUGGAUUGGUGCGACCCUCUGCCUUCAAACCCGUAGUUCCAAAGAGCUUCCACUCCAUGCAGAACCUGGUGGGACAUGCUGGUGGUGGAGGCGGGGCUCAUUCUGCCUCUGGCACAGGAGGCUCUGAUGACCCCCAGCCACUUACCGAGCAUGAAAGUCCAGAGAGGGAUCAAAGUGACGGAGCACAGUGUGCCAUGACCGACUCGGGAAGGAACUCCUUUACUAGCCUGCCCACUUACACUGCCCCUAGUUCAAGCUAUGCUCCUGUUGGAGCAUCCCUUGGACCCUUCAGUGCCUCUACCAACCAUAUUAACAGACUGUGUACAGACAAAUUGGACAAGUCCAACUACCAGAAUGGCUUAAACGCCUCCGACAGUGGACGUUCAUCCUCGGGAAAGAGCUCUUCAUCCUAUCAUAGACUCUGUAACCUGGCAGAUUUGCCACCUGCCAUUCAUGCCUCCCCAUCAUCGGAUGACAUAAUACAGGACUUGGAAGACCGACUGUGGGAGAAAGAACAAGAGGUACUUCACAUGCGCCGCAACCUGGACCAAAGCGAAGCGGCCAUCAUGCAGGUGUUUGAGGAGAAACAGAGAGUGUGGGAGCACGAGAUGGAGGAGCUGAGACAGAACUAUGCCGGGCGACUGCAGCAGGUGACCCGGCGGGCUCAACGAUCCCAGCAGGCCUUGCAGGCCCAAAUCAGCCGACUGCAGCAAGACAAAAACCGGCUCCAGGAGGAGAUCAGUGCCCUACUGGCCCAGCGGGAAGAGUUGGAGAGGAAGUGCUUAGACUAUCGUAAGGAGCAGGCUGAAAUCUUGCCCCGUCUGGAGGAAACCAAGUGGGAGGUUUGUCAAAAAGUGGGCGAGAUCUCCCUACUGAAGCAGCAACUAAGAGACAGUCAAAAUGAGGUGACCCAGCGAGCGGGAGAGAUGGUAGCCCUCAGGGGCCAACUCAAAGAGCUCAAUGCCCAGCUGAAAGAGAGGGAGGAGGCUAUGCUCGGAUUAAAGGAUUCCUAUAGCAAGAAGAGCUGUGAGCUGGAGAGGUGUGAGGGAGAGCUAAAGAAGACGCUGAAAGAGGUGUCCAUCCUACGGGACAAGCUGAUGGUGUUUGAGGCCGAGGUACUGGGGCUAAAACGAGCUCUGGGUGAACUGAGCUACACUGGUGAUCGAGCAGCAAGCCUCAGCAGCAGCCUGCCUUGGGGAGGCCUGCACUCACCACGCACGCCUGAGGUUUUAACACCACUGUCCCCACUGAGCCCCAUGGUAGAUGCCCUGUUGAGCCUGCAGAGUGAUGAGGCCAAGGUGCAGAGGCAAGAAGCGGGUGAAUUGAGACAGCAGCUGGAGAGGCUUCAGGGUGAGUUGCGGUUGGAGAGGCAACAGCGUGAGCUUCAGGCACUUGCCUUUGCCCAGGAACGCCACACAUGGCGGGAUGAGAAGGAGCGUGUGCUCAAGUACCAGGCGCAGCUCCAGCUCAGCUAUGUAGAAACACUGCAGAAAAACCAGGCGUUGGAGGAGAGAGUUGGUCAGCUUGGGGCCAAGAUGGGUGGACCGUCUCCACCGCUAGUCAGUGUACCAACAUCAGUCCCAGUUACUGUUACGCUCACUCCUGCCCCUGAAGACUCCAAAUCCCUGUCCUCUAACCAGCUGGCUCCCCCAUGGCCUGGCCCCUCUCGCCUGGAGAGGAUCGAGUCCACCGAGAUUUAGCUCCACUGCUGUAUCCUAACACAACAGAGACAAUCGAUGCAGAGACUUUUGCUCAACGUGCACUGCUCAACAUAGUAUUAAAAGUGAAAACAUGGUACUGUAAGAGAGCAAAAGAACAUGCAGUUAUAAAUCAAAGUGCUGGAAUGAUGAAGGACACACUAAACUGGAGACAGAGUCUCACACAUACACACGUACAUACAGGCAGAAGUUUACAUACACUUGUAAGGGACAUCUACAGUGGAGACCUGGACCGCUAAUAAUAAUGCUUCUGUUUUGCAUUUUCUUGAGUUUAAUAGAAUGUUUUUCUGUACAAAUUUGAAACCUCAAAGCUUUGCAACAACUACUUAAAGACCAAAGAAAAGCAAGUGCUACACAGUCACCUGACCUAAACCCUAUCAAGCAUUUACAGGGACAUUUGAAGACAGAAAAGGCUAAGCAUUUAGUAAUAUCACAAGAUGCUCUUUGGAAUGUUGUGAAAUCA